AUGGGCAAAGGAUGGGUGAAAUUCGGACGUAAGAACGAGGAAACGCUGACGAAAAGACGACGAAGAGUUGAGCUGAAGAAGAGGAGGCUCGCAGGAGAAGACGUAAAUGAAAGUGACGAAGGCGAUAAUGAAGAUGAUAACAAGAUGGAAGAGGACGCAGUGCAUGAAGACAACGAAGACGAUGACAAGAUGAAAGAGGACGCGAGUCAUGACGACAACGAUGACGUUGGAAGGAACCUCACAACGGACGAAAGAGUCGCGGAGAGUGCAGGCGAGAAAGAAGUUCCUGAUACAAGCCACGAUCAUGAUCUAGCACUGUAUCUACAAGCUAUGGUAGAUGAUGGUGACGAUGCCGACAGUGAUAAUGGUAGUGAGGAAGGUGGGAGCGACGGUGGCAGGGACGGCAAUGCAGAAAGUAGCGAACACGGCAGCGAAGCCGAAAGGAGCGACAACGACGAUAGUGAUGAGUCGUCUAGUCAAACAGGUUCUGUCGACUCGUACGAGGAGAAAAAUAGCUACGAUCCCGAAAAGUUGAAGCGCAAAGAUCUGGCAUGGCUUGAUCGGGGUCAUGUACUUGGCUUCAAUCCUGAGGCCCCAGCUAUGCAUGCUACACUUCGUUUGAACCAGACAAACUUCCGACGUAUCCAUUUCACGAAGGAUGUUUACAAGUGCUGGCAAAGUGCCUCGGGGCUCAACAAAGAAGAUGAAAUCGAUCGAGACGUUCUAUACACGUUAUUCGCGCAGAACAAUCUAGACUAUGCUAGGGUGCUUUCACUCGACUAUGGCCAGAUGGAUGGACCUGAACAGGUCUGGACCUCCGUGCAGGGAGAAGAGUACGUUGUAUCCGAUCCAGGCUAUAAGGAAGACUUUCCGGAGGUGAUUCAGAACCUUGUUCACAAGAAGCUCUUCAUAAAGAAUGCUGGAUCCUUGGAUCUCGCGUGCAAGGUCCAAAGUGACCCGCUUAGGGCGCUGCCGUAUGAUGUGCUCUAUGAAAUCUUCACACAUCUGUCCUUCAAAGAUUCGACAUCUUUGAUGCAAAGCUCAUGGCAUGUCUUUGCCUCGACCCGGCAUGGCUCUUUCUGGAAGCAAAUGCUGCGGCUACACCUGCUUCCAUGGUUUUGGGAGGCUUCCGCGAUUGUUAGUGGUAGCAGCACCACUGAAGGCUUGGACGCAAAGGAUUUGUUCCUAUGGAUAGAAGCGGCGACGAGGCCGCGUUUUGGGAUUGAAGGUCCGUUGAUGAGUAUCGCCAAUCGCCGGCGCAUAUGGAACGUGUGUCAGCAGCUGGCUCCGCAAUAUGCAGAAGAGGUUCAACCGGUGGGGCAAGCAGAGCCAGACGAUGCGGAAGCGCAAGCUAUUCUCGAUCGUGCUAAAUGCUUCCAUAUGCCUGUCGUAGUGUAUCCCAUCCCUAAGGAGAUCCGCACGGUGUCAACACAGUUCAUUCGGUCGUGGAGCGAGGUAUCUUAUCGAUCUUCAGUUCUCGACACGUACUGGGGACCUAAGGGUACCUUGGUCGGUAUCUCCAUAACUUUCAGUGGUACCAGCCCAAGAAUCUUUGGGAGCGCAGAGGGCACCCUUGGCAACCCAAUGCGCAUUCCUCCGAAUGCUUGGAUUCGAGAGAUUAAUGUCUGUAUAGAUGAUGUGAAUAUGUUCAGUCGAGUACCAGACCGCGAUCAUGUUAAGACAGCUUUGGAUAAUAAGCCUUACGGUGUCGCAUGCAUCCGGUCAUUGACAGUCACGUUAACGGAUAAGACCACCAAAUGUGUGCGCACACCUGAUCGACCAACAUCGAACAGGCGACCUGUGAUUGUUCUAUCGGGACUAAAUCUGGUUGGCUUGACAGGACAGGUUGCCGAAAGCGGUGAAAUCUGCCGACUCGGACUGUUGCAAGCUUCGAUCCCCGGCGAAGAGCCCGCAAAAUCACCCUCCUAUAGCGAGGCUCAACAACUUCUGUGGAAUAAAUCUGCGCAAACUUUAUAUUGUGACUGUGAGAAUGGCUGGAACAAUAUAUGGACGCAUCCUAGCCUCAAAAUCCGGAGUAUCGGCGCUCAGGGGUCCUCAACCGGUCAGUUGCGCUCCUUCACUGGUGAUAUCACAAGCGAUAUGACACCAUGGCAUGUCGGCAUCUGGGCUCCUGAUGCGUCGCAGAAGUCAUUACUCAAGCGAAUAUCAUGCUUCCAGCCUACUGGUGGUAUGGCAUCCAAUGGCAAAGAGACGUGGGCUAUCCCGCAUAUUGUAGGCUUCGCAGUGGACAACACCUCUGGAAACCGACGCUUACUUGCUGGGAGCGGUGGUCCGGAGCCAGUGCAAUGCCCAGAUUGGCAAGAGAUGACAAACCCCAGGAGAAACCUUGUUGUGUGGAUACAAGGCACUACGCUCAAAUCCUUUGACGAGAAAAGUAUGGAACACUUCCUCAUCGAUGGCCCUGGCGGGGAGAUCGUUACCGAGGUUCACGCAAGUGGUGACAUGAAAGCCAUCAAAUUAUUCACCAAUAGGGGCAGGGAUUGUUAUUUCGGAGAGAAAUACAGACAGGACUGGGACUGGCUGGAGUAUCGAGUGGAGCCAGGUCAUAUGAUCGUGGGGUUGGUGUGUGCGUUUGGGCGGCUUGGGGGAUGGAGCGGGGCUGCGAAAAUGUACAGUCACUGGAUGUUGAGUGGACUUGGAGUCCUGAUUGUGGCGGACGACUAUAAGAAAGUGGACUAA